AUUUAUCGAAUCGUGUAUAAAGUCAAUAGGUCGAUGAAUACGAUUGACCUUCAGGAGUGUUAUACGUCCACACAGUAGUUUGUCGGACUUCGAUAAAGUAUCUACUAAAUCCUAAUAUUAAGGAUUCAAUUUUACGCCGAAUUUAUGUUAUAUAGUUAUAUAGUUAAUAUAUGUUAUAGAGUAUAUUUUUUGAUUCUAAUCACUAUUUUUGAAGUUGAAAAUUCUGAUUUUUGUUAAUUGACAUGGCAAACAAAGAUACUAAAAUACCUAGAGAAACACAUUGGCCUAGUGUUCUUUUUUAUUUGUAUCUCCAUUUUUCUGCUUUUAUUGGACUUUACUUAGGAAUUUUUCAAGUUAAAUGGACUACAAUAUUUUAUACAAUAUGUCUUAUAUAUCUAUCAGUCCUCGGCUUGACUGCUGGUGCUCAUAGAUUAUGGGCUCAUGCAAGUUUCAAAGCCAAUAUCUUUCUUAGACAAUUCUUAGCUUUUGCACAAACUUUGAUAUGCCAAGGACCAAUUUACGAAUGGGCAAUAGAACAUCGAUUGCACCAUGAAUAUUUUGGUACAGAGAAAGAUCCAUUUAAUUCAAGUCGAGGUUUUUGGUUCACAUAUUUUAUAAACAAAUUGGUGUCGAGUCAUCCUGAUAACGAGAAUCUAUUAAAAGCUAUCAAUGCUAAAGACUUAGAUCAAGAUCCUGUUGUAAUGUGGCAGAAAAGACUUUACUGGUUGCUGGCUCCAUUGCUCAUGAUAAUCACUGUGGUUUUACCGUCCGAACUCUGGGAUGAGUCACUUUUUUGUUCUAUAUUCUUUGUUGGUUUCUUUAGAAUCACAGUUUCUUUGCACUAUAGUUGGAUUUUGAAUGCAGCUACUAUCAUUUGGGGAUUAGAACCACUGAACAAGUACUCCAUUCAAACAAAUCUCGUAUUUAUUUUUAAUAAAAGUUUAUGGCCUCAAUAUCAUUAUAUAUUACCAUGGGAUUACCAAUGUGGAGAGUAUGGUAGCUAUAAUAAUGGGUGUAUCACAGCUCACAUAAGAGUGUGGGCAGCAUUACGUUUAGUGACUGACUUGCGAACAAUAGAUACCGAAGGGAUAAGAAAAGCUAUGAUCGAAGCAGCCACUACAGGGCAAGAUUUUAACGAAUGUGUGGAAAAAUAUACAUUCGAUCCAAAUCUUUUGAAAAUAAAGUGUGAAUUAGAUUUGGAAAGGAUACCUUGUUAGUUAUUAAUAUAACUAAUACAUUAUAAAAUUAUUUCUGUAAAUCUGUUCAUUGUGCUAUUAAAACAUUAUCAU